AUGUCCAGUAAUACGAUCAAAUUUGAAAACCAUCAGGUAAGCAAUACAGGAAUCAAGCUCAAUACCGAGUUAUUCUUCUCUUUGGGUGAAUUCGAAUAUUUCUCCUCCACCCAUCAACCCCUCUACCAUCUACCGAAGUCUUCUUUGCUUCUCAACAAAGAGGGAUUCAAGCCUAUUUGUGUAAUUUGGAUCCUCAUUCCAGACAAUGGACAAAUUAUCGAAUCCAUCCUUAAGGAUACGAUCAGCUCAUACUUGAAUGAAGACGAUGUACUUACUAAAGAAUGGCUGAAGACCAUCUUACUGAUUCCUUCUCUUCAAGACAGUGCGCAAAUAAUCGACAUUGAAAUACAAGACGAGGCGUUAUCGUACUUGCUUGAGGAAGUCGGAUCGACCCAUUUGAUCCUUGAUCAAAGUAUACAAUACCAUUCAGAUCCACUCAUAAUCAGCUCAAUAUCCACAUCGGAGCUGAAGGUGAAAAGAGCUGCAGGACCAUAUCUAGUAAAACAACAAAUGAACACCCUGGGCUUUUACCCUGUCUAUCGAUUAUACCCCGAUACUUCCCAUGCCGUCGUCAAUGGUAUUUAUCCCCUGGAUGGUCAAGGGACGUAUAGGACGCUGAAUAAGACCGAGGAUAGAGGAAGAACUCUUGUCCCUGUACCGUCCAGAUUGUAUAGCUGGGGAAAUGCUGGAAAACUCAAGGGAUAUAGACUUUCUGUUAAAGCUAUGUUUUCCCCUAUCCAACCCAAAUUCCCUUUGACUCACGUAUUUGAUAUCAAGGGUAUAUCAACCGGAGCAGGAAGUAAAGUAUAUUUAGAGAUGCGUGGAGAAGUGCAGGAGACUGCUUCGUGUGUUCGACGAUUAUUAGAGGAAGGAGCAGUGAUUGUAGGAAAGGUCAAAACUAAUCAAUUUGCAGUCACGGGAAAUAGCAUCGAACAAUCACCUGAUCUUUUAUAUCCAUAUUCACCCCGAGAUGACGGCUACCAGUCUGUUAGUGGGACGUCAUCCGGUUCAGCUAGUUCGAUGGCAAGUUACGAUUGGUUGGACAUGUCUGUAGGAUCAGAUACCGGUGGUUCGAUCAGACAUCCGGCGUCUAUCGUAGGACUAUACGGUAAUAAGGUAUGUCCCAACAGUGCUAAAUCAACACUAUAA